AUGGCAGUCUGCAUUUCCUCAGUGAUCUACAUGCUCUCUCGCGACACUGGUUCCGUUCCAGUCGAUGAAGAUACUCUGUCGAUGUUUAACGAGCUGCUUAAACUGGAAGAGCCGAAUUUCAAUGAUGAAGAGUAUUCAAAAACAACACACACGUGUAUGGCAGUCUGCAUUUCCUCAGUGAUCUACAUGCUCUCUCGCGACACUGGUUCCGUUCCAGUCGAUGAAGAUACUCUGUCGAUGUUUAACGAGCUGCUUAAACUGGAAGAGCCAAAUUUCAAUGAUGAAGAGUAUUCAAAAACAACACACACGGUUAUGGAUAUUCUGAAAGACUGGUUGAAGAAAUCAUUCACGUCUUUUGAUGCUCGAAACGUUCAGUUUGAUGUCACAAAGAUGACUCUGACUCCUUCAUUCCUGAUGUUGGAGUCACUGGUUUAUAUAACUUCUCGCAAGCGAGACAAAGCGGUGCAAGUUGCUCUACGAAAUACCUGCAUUCUAAACGGACAGACUGAUACACCGAUUACACCAUGUAAAAAUAACGAAUCAGGAUAUCAUGUUUUCGUUGAAACUCCUCGAGAGAUGCCUCCGUGUGCUCGAAUCAGUAUGUUUCUUGUCGAAAUGUUUUCUAUGCAAUAUAUGGAUUUCGGUUUACCAGCUGUAUAG